AUGCUCUUCUUCAACUUGAUCCUAACCUUUCUUCCAAUUCUUGUCACAUCAUCUUUCGACGAAGACUUGAUCAUUGAACGACGACCACACCAUGUGGAUUGGGAGGAUCUUUUCAUGGAAUACAAUCGAUACAGUGCUCCAAAUCGAGCCAAACAGCAAGUCAAUGUGUCAAUUGAGGUCAUUGCCAUCAGAAGCGACAAGAUUUUGUUUGAGAUUAAUCAGGAUUGGAGGGACGAACGAUUACGAUUUGUUGGAGUGGCGCGGGUUCCGGUACCGCCUCAUAUCCAACCAUGGUAUCCAGACACGUACAUUCGAAACGGAUGGGAUGUUGUGAUGGAGCAGAAAAGCCUGGAAUUGAACUACGAUGGAACAUUCCAGCUGAAACAGAAAUAUCAAGUUGGAAUAGAUUCGGGAGAUAACAAUGAACUGACUCUGGUGAUUUCCUCUUUUAACAACUACGGUACCGAAAGAAUUCAUUACAACCUUGUUGAUUCCAAAAUCGAUCUUCAAAGAUAUUCACACAUCAGCUCAAAGCAAGUUUUGAGAAAGUCAGAUACAAUUCACUUCGAUGAUAUCCACAUCACGAUUCACCCGAAUUCAAUUAAUACUUCAAUCAUUGCUUCAAAGGAAACCACUAUCAUCAAUAACUCCACCAUCUAA